AUGCCACCAAAAAAUCAACAACUACGUAAAAGUUAUUCCAAGCGUUCAUCAUCAUCUGUUGUCAACGAUGAAUCGAGUGAUGAAAAAGGAGCACGCAUCAAAUCGACAACAAAUACUGCUCCAAAUACCACUGUUAAAAAGACAGAUACAGUUGAACCAUAUCAUUGCAAAGGAAAAUUUUUGGAAGAUUUCGAAGCUUUAUGUCGACAAGCACAAAUCACAUAUAUUGUUCCGAUUGUACCACGACCACAUCCACCAGGAACUCCAGUGGCAGCAUCAUCUAUAGUUGAUAUUAAAGAUAAAGCAGCACCUAAAACAGCUAAAGGUGCAGCAGUUAAAGAACGUGAACCCACUGCUCAACCACAACAACAACAACCAAGUGAAGCUGAUAGUGGAGAAGCUUCUCAUGAAGAUUCUCUACCAAAAACAUAUUCCCUACGUGAUAAUCUUGAAUAUUUCAAACCAAAAAUUCAAGUUGAAAUGGAUAAUCCAGAAAAACAAGAUACUCUUACAGAAAUUCUUAUUCGUGCAUGGAAAAUUGAUCGUGCAAUAUUAGAUAUAUUUGCUCAAUCAUUUCCUACACUUGAACGUUUAACUACUCUUCAUUUUUGGCAUACAGGUUUAACAGAUGAUACACUUAAACAAUUAGCUUCUAUUCUACCAAAAUGUCCUAGUAUUCGUGCACUUAUACUUGAUGCUAAUCCAAUACCAUUUGAACAUUAUGAAGUUCUUUUAACAGAUGAAAAUUCACCAAUUAUUAAUUUAUCUCUUCGACAUUGUCAAAUAACAGAACGUGGUGCUUCUUUAAUCGCUCAAGGUUUAGGAACAGAACGUCGACAAAAUAAAAAAUUACAAACACUUAAUCUAGCUUAUAAUUCAUUAGGUGAUGAGGGUGCUGAACAUAUUGCACGAAGUUUAAAAUUUAAUCGUACUUUACUUGUAUUAAAUUUAAGUUCAAAUGAUAUCAGUGAUUUAGGUGCACAAAAAUUUGCUGAAGUUUUAAGUAAAUUUCCUUUAACAGAAGAUGAAUUAAUUUAUCGAAGAAAAUUAUUACUACAUUCAUCAAUAUCUGAAAGUGCACCAAGUCUUCCCUCAGGUGUUGGAAGAAAAAAAUCUGGAGUUACUUCAACAACACUACCAUCAAAAGGAAAAGGUGGUGCUGGUGGUACUGUAGGAAAACCUGAUAUAAAAGAAACUACUAAACCACCAAAAAAAGAUGAUAAAGCAGCUAAAAAAGGUGCUACAAUUGCUGAAACUAAACCCGGUAAAGGUGCUGCUGGUAAACAAAGUACAGAAAAACUUGCAAAAACAGCUGGCAAUCCAAAAGGUUCUGCUGUACCGCCUGGAAAUCGUUCAGCACCACAAAGUGAACUUGAUUUUAUUAUUAAUGAUGGAAUACCAUUACUUGAUCAUAAUGCUGAAUUAUUAAAUAAUGAUCUUGUUUUACCAGGAAAUAGAUGUUUACUUAGUUUGAAUUUAUCAAAAAAUCGAAUGACUGAUACAGGUGUACAAUAUAUUCUUAAAGCUAUUCAAUAUCAAGAAAUGUUUAUAAAAUUGAAUAUUUCAACACGAAAUUUAUCAUCAACUACAACGCCUUCCAUACCUAAUCAAGGUCUUCUUAGACUUGAACUACAAAGAAAUGAUUUUAUUAUUAAUGAAUGUGAAGCAUAUGAAAAAAUUCAAACAUUAUUAAAAAAUCGUCGUGAACCUAUUUUUAAAAACAAAGACAAUCAAGAUGAAACAUCAACCGGUGGAAGAGACACGGUCGGAACUCCACAUGCAAGAUCACGCCAAGGGGUGAAACAUUGA